AGUGAUGAAGUAAGCAUCAUUAUACAGAAAUUUAACUGUAAAACACCAAACUAUACGAUCCCUAUCUGAUCUUGCCGCCAAAUCUUGGAGGGAAAAAGAUGACCGUUAGGCUCAGAGCCGCCAGAAAUUCAAUCGACCUUUCCUCAAGAACCCUUGAAAAGUUCAUCAAAACCCAGAGAAACCUUGCCAGGCCAACUCCAAAACUCUGGUCUGAUGCCGAUAAACGAGUCCCCAGCCAUCUAGACCAUGAUGGGGUGCAGAUUUUAGAUCUUAGCCACCCCAUCCUGCGCAUUUUAGACUCUAUCAGUCCUAAUCUCUACCAUUUCAACCAAAUUUAUACCCAACUCGUUGUCUCGGGCCUCAUUCAACACCCACUUGCUUCCGGCAGAGCAAUUAAAAAACUCUGUUCUUCUCAAUCGACACUUCCUUUUGCCAUUAAAAUAUUUGAUAAUCUUGAAAACCCUGAUGCUUUUUCAUGUAAUACUAUAAUUAGAGGAUAUGUGAGAUUCAAUGACCCAAAAAAGGCAUUGGCCUUUUACUAUAAUGGAAUGGUUAAAAAUUGCAUCUCUCAGAAUAAUUAUACUUUUCCUAUAUUAGUUAAAGCUUGUGCUGAUGUGGGUUUGUUAGAUGAAGGGAUAAAGAUUCAUUGUCGUGUUGUGAAAUGUGGGUUUGAGUUGGAUUUAUUUGUUAGGAAUGCUCUGAUUCAUAUGUAUUCUGUUUGUUUUAAAAUUUGGGAUGCAAGGAAGGUAUUUGAUUUAUGUUCUGACUCAGAUUUGGUAACGUGGAACACUAUGAUUGAUGGGUAUGUGAAGAAUGGAGAACUGGGUUUUGCAAGGCAGAUUUUCGAUGGGAUGCACGAAAGGGAUGUUUUUAGUUGGAAUUCAAUGAUUACAGGGUAUGUAGGGGUUGGGGAUAUGGUGGCGGCAAAGGAGUUGUUUGAGGAGAUGCCUUCUCGUGAUGUUGUUUCUUGGAAUUGUAUGAUUGAUGGCUAUGCCAGGACUGGAAAUAAAGAUGGAGCGAGGAUGUUAUUUGAUCAAAUGGAUUGCCGGAAUAUGGUUUCUUGGACUACUAUGUUGGCUCUUUACGUGAGGUUGAAGGACUAUUCUGAGUGUUUGAGAUUGUUUGAUGAGAUGAUGGUGGAAGGAGAUGUUCAGCCAAAUGAGGCUAUACUUGUAAGUGUUCUGAUCUCUUGUGGACAUCUGGGAAGGCUUGAUCGAGGUCAAUGGAUUCAUUCUUAUAUAAAAGGUAGUGAACAAAUCAAGCCAGAUGUGUUGCUUAUGACAACUCUCUUGACAAUGUUUGCAAAAUGUGGGGCUAUGGAUUUGGCUAAGUUGAUCUUUGAUGAGAUGCCAGAUAGAAGUGUUGUAUCAUGGAAUUCUAUGAUUAUGGGAUAUGGGAUGCAAGGGCAUGGAGAAAAAGCUCUUGAAAUGUUCAUGGAGAUGGAAAAGUGUGGACUGAUGCCAAAUGAUGCCACUUUUACAUGCAUCCUAAGUGCAUGUAAUCAUGCUGGGAUGGUGUUAGAGGGCUGGUGGUACUUUGAUUUAAUGCAUAGAGUUUACAAUAUAGAGCCCAAAAUUGAGCACUAUGGUUGCAUGGUUGAUCUCCUUGGCCGGGCUGGCUUGGUGCAUGAUAGUGAAGAACUUGUUAAGACAAUUCCCGUGGAAGCGGGAACAGCUCUAUGGGGGUCUGUACUUUCGGCAUGCAGGACCUACUCCAGACUAGAACUUGGACAGAUUGUUGCAAAGCGAUUAAUUGAUAUGGAACCAGGGGAUAUUGGGCCAUACGUGUUAUUGUCCAACAUAUAUGCCACAGAAGGGAGAUGGGAUGAUGUGGAGAAUGUAAGAAAGUUGAUGAAAGAAAAGGGCACAGAAAAGGAAGCUGGGUCUAGCCUUGUGCACUUGAUGGAUUUACAAUCAGAUAUGUCUCAGAAAACUAGAUCAGCCCACAAGAGAAGCAUGGUUUACUCUAUGUUGAGUGAGAUGGGUGCUCAAUUGAAGUUGUCAUGCAGACAAUAGAACAGGAAGAGGAAUAUAUAUUCUUUGUGGAAGAAAUUAUCAAUAUUGGUUAUUCGCAGACCAAAUUCAUGAAUAGAAGGAUUAAACCAAUACAAAACUCCCUGCUAGAGAAGAUUGAGUUCAGGAAAUUACAUAUUUGAGGCAAAGGGAAAACAUUUGAUGAUUCUUUUUUAAACCAAAAAUUUCACUCAGCAUAUGCAAAAAAUCAGAACGUGUUUGUGUUAAUAUUGAGUUGCGAUUAUUUGAGACGUAAGCAUGCUAGGCAACACUGAAGAGGUAAAAUGUUGACCUGAAUACCAAUUAUCUACCAGAUAUCCUAGCCCGGCUUCUGAAUUGAAGUUUAUGAAUUAGCAUUGGCAUUCAAGUAUUCAAGGCCGUUGCUGCCCAGGUGAGAUAUAGUUCAUAAAUACGUAUCACUUCUGUAAAUUCACAAAAGUUGUUCAGUUUGUUCAGAA